CGGCCUAAUGGACGCCCUCCUCCGAGAUCCCACGGCUGCGCGGAGAACCGGGCGGAGGGAGGGAGUUUGGGGAGGGGGAAGAGCAGGAGGAGGAGAAAAGGGAGGGGGAGAUUACAAACUAGCAAGGAUGGGGUGGGGGGUGGGGAGGGGAAGGGAAGGGGGGGAGAGAAGCGAUCGCGAGAGAAAAAAAUGCAACCUCCCAAAAUAAAGAGCAAAGAUUGCAUUAGGAGCGAACAGCGCUGCAGAAAUAGAUGGCAGCUUCGUGUCAGUGAGUUUGCAUCCCCCUUCCUGAUCCACGAGCUGGAGUGAUUAGAGCCCUGGAAGGGAAUUGUUACUCCCGUGGAGAAGUCCCCUUUUCCUGGCAGUCGUCUGCACUGUACACGCUGGAUGCCUCUCUCCAUCCACCCCACUCGCUCCUCUCUCACCUCCUCUCUCCCUCUCCUGCAUUGAUUUUUUUUUUUUUUUUCCUUUUUAGUUGACUGAAACAAAACAAAACAAAAGGGCCACUGGAUGUCUGCCUUCUUGGGGGGUGAGCCAGACAGACUGACAAACAAACAGCCCCAACUGUGUUCGGGGGAGGGUUUCGCCUCCCGUUUUGCCCGGCAGCAGCAGCAUGGACGUGUUGGCUAGUUAUAGUAUAUUCCAGGAGCUACAACUUGUCCACGAUACCGGCUACUUCUCAGCUUUGCCAUCCCUGGAGGAGACCUGGCAGCAGACAUGCCUUGAAUUGGAACGCUACCUACAAACGGAGCCCAGGAGGAUCUCGGAGACCUUUGGUGAGGACUUGGACUGUUUCCUCCACGCUUCUCCUCCCCCGUGCAUUGAGGAAAGCUUCCGUCGCUUAGACCCCCUGCUGCUCCCUGUGGAAGCCGCCAUCUGUGAGAAGAGCUCGGCAGUGGACAUCUUGCUCUCUCGGGACAAGUUGCUAUCUGAGACUUGCCUCAGCCUCCAGCCAGCCAGCUCUUCUCUAGACAGCUACACAGCCGUCAACCAGGCCCAGCUCAACGCAGUGACCUCAUUAACGCCCCCGUCAUCCCCUGAGCUCAGCCGCCAUCUGGUCAAAACCUCACAAACUCUCUCUGCCGUGGAUGGCACGGUGACGUUGAAACUAGUGGCCAAGAAGGCUGCUCUCAGCUCUGUAAAGGUGGGAGGGGUCGCAACAGCUGCAGCAGCCGUGACAGCUGCGGGGGCCGUUAAGAGUGGACAGAGCGACAGUGACCAAGGAGGGCUAGGGGCUGAAGCGUGUCCUGAAAACAAGAAGAGAGUUCACCGCUGUCAGUUUAACGGGUGCCGGAAAGUUUAUACAAAAAGCUCCCACUUAAAGGCCCACCAGAGGACUCACACAGAUGAGGAAAAUGAGACCCAGAGAAGUCAAGUAAUUUGCUCAGCAUCACAACAGCUCAUCAAAGAUGGUUGAACAAGGAUUUGCAUCAAAAAGUAUUGUUCCAGUCGGAGCUCUCUUAACUUCUGUGCUUACUAAUGAAGGGGAAACAAGUCAAAUAAGUUUUUAAAAACUAACUCAUUAUUAUGAAGAAAUUAAAAACGUAUAGUUUAAAUACAAAUGGACAAUGAAAACCAAAUAUCCUCUAAAUAGGUAAGAAUUAGGAGGGUCCUUAAAUAUAUUACCUCAUCAGGUGACUGAGAAGCAGUAUAAGGAAAUUACAAAGAAAUGGGGUUCCAUUUCCAGGCGUAUUACUGUUGCUGAUAAAGCUACUAUUUUAUGGUCAUUAUUAUUUUCAUUUUUUUAAACGUUAGUAUUAAAGAGAAACAUACCAGUCUCAGUUCACGCGUUAAAAUGACAAAUGUUAAUACACUGACCCUAUGAAAUAGAAAGGUAAGUACUAUCAUAACAUGGGAGAAACUGAGGACCAAAAAAAAAAAAAAAAGGUCAUAGUUCAAGCUAUGAACAACUUAGUUCAGGCUAUGCAACUCCCUGUUGGUAAAAAUUAAAUUAGACCCAUGUCUCCUGACCUAUGGGCUUAUAUCCUACUCAGUAGAUUAUUUUGGUUCUUAUUUACUGUAUUUGAUCUUCAGUGUUUCUGUGAACAGGUAUUAAGUGCCCAUAGAUGUCAGGCACUGUCGGCUGGAGUGACCAGCAAAGCAGAACAGGGUGGGCCAUUCAGGAAGGAGCGCUAAAGGACAAUGAUGGGGAGUAAUGAAAGCAGGAGCUUACAUCAGCAAUCAGAGGCAGCAUGGAAGGUUCGGAGAUAACAAGUCACUUUUCUCCUUCUGGAUAGAGUGUUUAUUGAUGCUGUUCAUCUUUUUAAAUGAUGCCAAUGUGAUAAUACAGUAAUUUAUAUAAAUAGAAGCCCUAAUUCAAGGUCAGGCGUAUCAGCAGGAUAAAAUUAAAUACUUCAGUGUGGAACUGUAGGGGGUUCAUCGACCACUUUCAACCUCCUAGUGCCAUAGAUAAGAAUUCUUUGAAUUUAUACAAUAGCAACUGAAAUGGGGCAAUUUUAAGACAUUAAAGGGCCUUUAAUAUGCUGAGACACAUGGCUGCUAAUGAAGUUUAUCCAUGUGUUGAGGCAGAAACUCAUUAAACCCCGAUUAUGGGAUGGAAACAAGAAUAAGGGUUAAAUGUUCAGUUCACGAGGUGGAGAGAGCUGAAUAGGAGGAGGGUUUGAUAAUUUGGAUUUAGCAUAUUUAAGAGCUUAAGAGAAGUUUGUAAAGAAUGCCUGAUGUAGGUGAUGGGGAAGAAGGCAGCAAAUCACACUGCCAUGUGUGUUCCUAUGCAACAAUUCUGCAUGUUCUUCACAUAUACCCCAAAACCUAAAAUGCAAUAAAAUAAAUAAAUGGGAAAAAAAAAGAAAGGGUAUGAAAUGAGGUGGUGAAAACAAUCGUUGGGAGAAUUUUCUGAUUCAGUAAAAUCUUGAAACUUUACCACAUGAUAAUUUAGCAAUGCGAUAACUCCUAACAUUUAUGAAGAUAAAUUAAUGUAAACAUAUAUUGGGCAGCAUGGCUUAAACUCAGCAUAUACACAGCAAGCACAUUUAUUUUAUCAUUAUACUGUGGUAAUAAAUGUAGGCUUUGUGGGAUGCCUAUUCCAGAUGUCCUUUUAAUGGAUAAUUGGUAGUCAUAAAGCAAAUAAGUGUGUUGAAAUAAGAAUGGAGGAGAAAGAAAAAUAUGAAAUUAAUGAGUAUUUCAUAAUAAACAAUAUUUUUGAACACCCACUGUACAUACACUAGUCCCUCUCUUAUUGCUGAGGACCUUACUUUUCGACACAAAAGCCUGAAAUAUGGUUUCAUAAAAUCAUUAUAUUUGGAGCCUGAUCUCAAAAGAGAAUAUAGCCUGGAUAGGAAUGCGGAGGAACUGGGAGGAAGGGGAAGAGAAAAGAAGAAUCUCAUUUCAGAAAAGGCAGUCAAAGUAAUAGAAUUGUAUAAAUUCUAAGAUUUCAAGGGUAGGCCAGUUCUGUUUGAUAGAGAAGAAAAAAAGAGGGUCAUGAGAAGUCUGUGUAAAUGAAAGAAUGACAUUGAGAAGGCCACGUGUGAACUUUCAGGAAAACUGUUCCCUUUAAUAAAUAAAUAAUGUACAGACUCUAUUAUAAUAUGAGUGUGAAUUACCAUAAUGAUCAUGGCUAUCCUGUAUAUAUAAUAAAGGAAGGUUUGAGGAAAGUUAAGUGGAGAUUUGUAAAGAGUGAAGGCUAAGGUGACGUUAUAAGAAUUGAUGGUAGGCAGGAAUUUUCUGUCUCCUAAAGUUGAAACCAUAAUGUAGUGAUUGUGUUUGAAUUAGGGAGGGAAAAAAACAGAGUUUAAGAAACUCAUGUAUAGUUUUUUUAAACAAGUUUGUUUUGAAUGAUCUUCUUUUUAAAAAAGUUAAAAUAUAAGGACAGAUGAAAAAUAAUUGUUAAAUGACCUUUCCUUGAAAAAUAUCCAGCUUGAAUAUAGUAGAAAUUACAGUUGAAACCUUGAUAACAGAUCAUCAGGAAACAAACUUUUUGUAUAAGGAAGUUAGUUCCGAUGAGGAAACGCAGCUGUUUGGGAAUCUGGUCCACCAUGAGCAGAAUGUAUCACAUGACACUAAGCUCUGCUAGACUACUCCUGUACCAAAUGGAGAAUGCCUAACCCUUUCCUGGCAGGUAGUUUGAUUUGUCUUUACCCUGAUGGAGUUAAACUGGAUGGCCCUGGACAAACGUGUCUUCUAAAAUAUGGGUUUUUUCUUCUGCAUUCCCCACCUGAGUACCUAAUAGCUAAUCCCUUCCUGUACCCUGUCACUUUCUGCCUUUGCAGCCUUCCUCUGUCCCUCACAGCAGAAAGGAUCUGGUAGCAAUACACUGUAGACUGUUGUGGUCAGUGGAUUAUAUAUCCAUCCACCGCUGUAUAACACUUUAAUCUUCUAUUAGUUUUUUAACCUUCAGUUAUGGGAGACUUAAUAGAAUUUCAGGAGUCUAUAAACAGGUAGGGAGACAUGAUGGGGGAGGGUUGGGAACUGGGAUGGCAUUCCCCACUCCACUCCAUCCCCAUGCCAUCUACCCCUCCUCUGCUACUGGAUUUUCUACAUUUUCUAAAAGUGGCAUCUUUUCAACAAUUUGUUAAAGUAAUGUAUUGACAUGAUAUUAUUAAGCUAAAUGUUGUGUAAGGCAAGAUCACUUAAAAUAAUUAAAAGUUGGUGACUUUUUAAUGUACUGGUUACUCAGCCAACCACUGGUGGAAUUACUCCUCAUUCCUCAAUGUACCCAUGUUCAUGUAGUUACCAAUGUCGCUUAUAUAAUAGAGGUGAAAGCACAUAAAUUAUUUAAGGAUGUCUGAAGUGAGAAUAAGGUUAGCAUUAUCUGUCCCAUACGUCUGUUUGCCCUACGUUCUCCUUCAACACGUAUGUGUAUGGAGCUAGGUGAGCUGGGCACUGACCCAGGAUUGGACCCCAUAAUCUUUUAGGGGAGGGAAGAUCAGAAUGCCCCAUUGCUUGUUCCUUAUGGAGCCUCAGUCCAGCUUUGUCCUAAACCAAGCUUCCUUGGCAGACCCCCUUCUUUUUGCACCUCACAUCAUUUUUUUUUCCCUUUAAAAGUCAUCUGCAUUCACAGAAGACCCCUUUUAUUUUGUUUGCAAAAAUAAAAUGCAUUUACAGUUUAAAACUUUUAUAUUCUAAACUACCCAUCUGAUAUUCUAAAGGUAGACUUCUUUUGUUGUUUCUGCCUUCAAAAUGUAUUCUGUUUCCAUUACUAUAACAUUUAAUCUAUGGAAUUCAGUAAAGUGGUACAUACUGUUUUCAGGCAAAUAGUGUAAAAAUAUGUUUUAAUCUCAACUUUGUUGGGCUAUCACAGUUUUAUCUGUUUCACUAGGUGAGCUAAAGAUGAUAAAAGCUAUCAGUCAUUUUGUUGCAGGCAGGAAACCAGAAGCCAUCCUUAGCUGAGAAAGAAGUUGACUUCUAUGGUAGAGUAUUGCCUAGAUAGGUGUCUUGGGGUAUCGAAUAUCUUUCUCUGAAGCCCUUGCUGUUUUCCUAGCAGGGAUGUUUUGUAAUAAGGACUGUAGUUUGUUCUACUGUUGAAGCCAGUGUUAAAUGUGAGUGGUUCUAGGAGUCUAGUAGAUGCCCUAAAAAAUGUAGGAUUCUAUCAUCUGUGUCCUAAUGAAUACAACCAAGAAAAAGCUGGACUCUGGUACGUAUUCGAAUCUAGAAGAGCAGCAAGAUAUGGUAGGAAAUAUUUUAGAAUGACUGUGCAGUAGUCCUGUUUAAAAGUUUUCUGUCUUCAUUUUGUGUGUUUGUGUAGUUUAAUGUCAACUCAUGGAAUUUGUUGCUUGGCUGUGAACUUGUAACGUGGUGUUUUGAAUCCCCUUAUUAUGGGAUAUGCAACAUCCUUCAUCUGUACUCAACUUCUUUUGCGAAAGGAAAUAAUGAUUUCCUCAUAUUGAAUUCUCAAUUGGUCAUGAGCUUGUUGAAGCUAGUAUUGGUAUUUUUAAAAGAGCAACAAAAGAUACAUCUCCCUUCCUUGAUAUAGGUAAUAAGACAUUUUAUGUUCCUAGUGUUCAGGAGAGUGUGUCAGAAAAUCAAUAUGAAUAAAUUCAAGUACACAGAGGAUUCAUCCUGUUUGAAAAUGUAAUGUGUGGCAAAAUGAUGGUAUGUAUUAAAUUUUUUGUUUCAUUUGCAUGUAAAUAUUAGCAUUUAGAAAAGGUAUCAUAGGCUACUUUUAAAUUUAGGCAGAGGGCAAUUCGCUGGCUUUUUUUUAUUCUUUGUUGUUGUUGUUUAGUGUCUCCACGCUUACAGCUAAACUGAAUUUGAAACUAAAUACUGUCAUUACAGAAGAUUUUUCCUGAGUUCUUCCAAUUUCUCUGGGGACAAAAUAAUGGUCGCUGGAAGCAGUGGAGAAACAGUAAUUAGGGCAAAUAGUAAUACUGUGCAUGAUUGAGGAAAAUGUGAGAAAGGGAGGGAGAAAAUGCAACAGACAGACUUGUACAGCUUGUUACUAGGAAACCACAUCAGCAUUAAAUACAGUGUGCUAAUUGGCUAUCCUGUUUCUUCCUGGGUACCAGCCUGGGCCUGCUACACAGCUGUUUCUGCUCUUUCUGGUUGCUAGGUAACUGCAUCAUUUCCCCCCACCCCUCUUUGUAUUCUGGAGGGUAAUUGGCUACUUCUGCUCCUGGUGUUGCUGCUGGGUACCAGUCUGGGCCUGCUGCUUUGCUGUUUUCCAGAGGGAUUUAGUCGGGGGAAGGGGAGGAAAAGGGAGAGGAAGAUAUGCUGGCAAUUAAUGGAGCAUAAGUGCAAAUUCUACACAAUGUCUGGCACCUGCGGCCCCUCAUCCUGCCUUCUCAACUAAAUCCUUUAGCUGUGGAAACACAUUAAAGUCUUUAAGUCUUUCUUUCUCUGCAUAACUUAUAAAUAUAGUUUAAAGGAACCAAGACAUUUGAAGACAUCACUUAAAUGACAGAUUUGGUCUUCUUCAUGAAAAAAAAAAAAACCUGACAAAAUAUUAUAUACCUAUAUUUUGAUACAAGUAGUAAUAGAAUUUGUGCAGAUACUAAACAUACUUUACAACAAGACAGCAUUUUUAACAUCUUAAGGGUACUGCCAUUUUAUUUCUUAAAUGGACCAGAUUAUUUUGUAGCCAUUCUUCUUGAUAUCAGAACAUGAAGUAGUAAAUAGAAUGGACUAAACACAUUAUGGGAUUUUCCUGACUGUUUUAUUAUGAAGGAGUAAAAGGAGGCUUCUAGAUCCUUGACUUUCCUAUUAUGGGUUUUAUUCCUUUGAUGUGCACAGCACAUGUCCUGGUGUUUUUCAGUGGGACGUUGCAUUUACAUGGCAAUAACACAUUUUGCAUCAUAGCUGCUUUCCUGAUGGCAAAUGAAGAAAUGUGAUGCAAAAUCUGAAAUCAAUUUUGUGAUUGAGAAAACAAAUAAAAAGGUAAUUACUUUACAUAUAGUUGUCAUCUCCUGUUGAAGUAGAAGUUUCCAUUUCAUCAUGAUUGAAAUUCUCACUGGAAGUGUGACGGGGAAGAUUCUUCAGAAGUGAAGUCAUGCUCCAAGGAGAUUUUACUUUAAAUCGUUGAGAAAGUGUAUGGAAAUUGGGGCCCCCUUGAAGAGGCAGCUUUAUUCCCCUGGGAAGGAGCUGUUUUAUUGAGAAAACUCAGUGCAUGUUGUGUGACUGUGCACAGAAAUAGUUAGCAAAGACAACCUUAUUUGACACUAAUGGCUGUUACUGGUUUGCCAUACUAAUGAGACCCACCAUACCCUAUCACAAUUGAAGCAGGAGGAGGCCUAGGCUGAGCUACAAGCCCUUCUACCAUAAGAUAAAUUCAGGCUUUAGGGAAUCAUUUCUACUUAAAGUACCCUUAACAUAAGCAGAAGGCCUCCAACUAGGCCAGGAUGAUCGGGAGAAGAUCGCAGUGUUAACACCUAUCUAAAGGAAACCAGCUAGCCAUCAGUAGCAUUCAGUAUUGCAAAAGAAAAUCAUCUUAUCAGAGGACAUCUUACAGACCAAGUGUAAUAUUAUUUCUGCUACCUCUGUUAAAAGGACCAGUUGUUAAUCACUCAAAUGCAUUUGCCCAUUAAAUGAUUUAGCCAUUUACUUAUGAAAAACCAUCUGAAGUCAGAAUAUCUUUUUAUCACUUGACAAGUUGUAUAUUCUGACUUUGGGAGGGGGGUGGUUUUGUUUGAGUGUUUCAUCUUCGUUGACAGCAGAUUGUCAGAGUAGCAACUUUGCAAGUAUGUUAUGGAUUGUCCCUAUUUGACUUAAGCAGGUUAUAGAUUGAAAAGUCCAAAGAAGUCUGGUGAGUUUAUCUCACCCAGCCAUCUUCUUCACUGGUUGAUUGGAUGUGGUUACACAGCCUCAUUGUGGCUCUGGCAAGACCCUGGAAACCCAAGGUAGGGGGCUUUGAAGGCUGAAGGUGGUCAUGGUUAGAACAUCAGUGCAUACUUCUGAGCUUCCUCUCGUUGUACUCUUCUGGGAGAGCAGAUCUUCUUUCUUUUGAUGUCUCCAUGUUUAAAGCAAUAGUGAGAGUGCAGACAUACAAGCAAGCAUGCUUUGGGGAAUGAAGAAAGGAGGAGCUGCUUCAACACCUGGCUCUCCUCAGUCCUGAAAACCUGCUUUACUAAUUCUCAUGGCCACACAAAGCUGCUACCUUUGACAUCAAGUAAACCGGUUGACAAAAUUGGAAAAGAAGAAUCGUUUCCAAGACUAGCUGGCUGCUAGUCUCCCAGCAGGGCUGCUGCUAAACUAUAAUAUGCUUUUGUAUGAAUUAGAAAAAGGUUCCCUUUGCAUGGGGCAGUUACCCUGUGCUUGAGGAGCAGAGCCGGAUUCAGCCCCCCUCAGACUGUAACUGGACACCUUGUGCUCAAAACCUUAUGUGGCCUGUGCUCUCUGGGAGAGCACUCCACACAGAUGGGCCUUCCCUGAACUUUUAAGAUCUGCUGAAGCCAAUAGGGGCAUAACAGGAAUGGGAAAGUCACACAAUGGUUUAAGAACGUUAUUGGGACAUCCUAUCAAUGUCUGAAGAGGCCAUUAUGUAUGAGAGCAAAUCUUUUGGUCCAGCCACUCUCCCAAAAUCUGAGAGCAUUCAUUAGUUGCCUAAUGCAGUGGUUCUCAACCAGGGGAGAUUGUGUCCCUCAGGGAACAUUUAGCAGUGUUUGGAGACAUUUUUCAUUGUCAUAUCUGGGGUUGGGGGUAUGCUACUGGCAUCUGGGAAGUGGAGGACAGGGAUACUGCCAAGUAUCCUACAAUGCCCAGAACAAACCCUGAAGCAAAGGAUCAUAUGGGCCUGAGGGUCAACAGUGCCAAGGUUGAGAAACCCUGGCCUAAUGCAACCUUAGUUGUCCUCUUUCCCCGUAGGUUGCACUGAACCACUUGCAAAACAUUUCCUUAUCCUUCUAAGACUACCCACCAGAUCUUGCCUUCUUCCCUUUUAUGAUCUUUAACAAUAUUGACUAAACGGAAAUACUGCAUUAUUUAUUAUUUCUGUCAGGACUUAGAUGAUGUGCCACUUUUCCCCUUAGGAUAAGAAAGGAGUCUUCCUGCCUCCACUAAAUGCUUAACUCCCUAGAUUGAAGAUUCGUGAUUGUGACCCUUCACGAGCCUCAUGCCCUCCCCUUUUGCAGAAGGCGCCUGACCUGUAAUAAUCUGAAAUUUUACUGAGGCAGUGGUUUGAUCACAUCAGCUGCCAGGCUGGUGUGUGGUAGGGAGUUGUUUUGCCAGGAAAUGCGUCUAGCUGACUGGGUGCUGACGAGCCACAUCAUUGUCAUUCUCUACCUGUUUUCUCCAGUACCGUAGCCUUGCUGAAAUGUAACAGUUGUUUCCUCGUUAUCAAAAAAAAAGAUUAACUGUUCUUGAAGAAAUAAGAGUGACGUGUUUUCUCUGGGAAACUUUUAUUGGGAAAACUGUAUAUUGUGCUGAUAUUUGCUAUUUCCGUGCAUUUCCUACUAUUCACCAUUCUGGUUUGCACCAGCACCAUGAGGAACAUACUGGAAGCUUUUUGAGUUCUUAGGAAGAAUGGUGCUAUUUCAGGGGAAAGGAUUUAAAUAGCUUUAUCUAAUGGACACUUACUUUAUGUCUGCAUUUUCUUGGGAACUGUGAAUUAUGCAUUGGCCCUUUGAGCUACAUUCACGUGCAUAGAAAAUAACAUUGUCAGACGUGUCAUCCCCAGAUACAAUGGACAAUAUGCUAUUAUAAUUGUAUGGCAUUGUCCUUACUGUUUGGAGAUAAUACUGCUGACUUUAUUCCUCUCAUACGUGUGAAAGUGGCUGUGGGGAAUACGUGACAUCUGUGGCUUUUACAUAUAUUAGCUUAUCCCUUGCCACUUGGAGAGAUUGCCAUUAGUGAGCUGGCCUCGUGGGGUCAUGCUAAGUGCCAUGUUUUGGAUCACUGUUGUUAUCGGACCUUAGUUUUAGACCCAGUAGGGAAUUAGUAAUAUUUAUCUUGAUGACCUGAAGAUGCAGUGAGUUAUUUAGUCAGCUUCCCAGAGCAGAUGUGCUAAAGCAAUUGCGUAGGCAGAGGCAUUCGUACUCAUUGGCUUUGGGAGUGAAAAGCAAUUGGGAACCAAGCCUGGGAAUGGCUGCUCCAUGUUAGUGCAUUACCCAAGUAAGCAAUAAUAAUAUCACUUGUAUUGAUCUUUACAGUUGCCAAGUGUUUCAUAUACAUCCUUCCAUUUAACCUUCACUUACGGGGUAAAUCUUUUCAUUAUACCCAUUGUACAAAUGAGGGAACUGAGGCUCAAAGAAUCAUUUUUCAAAGGCUUCACUGCUGAACAAUCACAGAGCCUGCCUUACUCUGUUUUUUCUUUAGAGAUCAGUUAUUUAUUUUGGGGGCUAAGUUAAACAGAAUAUAAAUUAUUUUAGUUUUGUUUAUGAUUCAGAAAAAUAAAUGGCUUAAUAUUUGUUGUUAUUUUACUUGCUCAGUAUGACUACAAAUUCAGGAUAACUAAGAAAACUGAGUGAUUAUCUUAUAUAUUCCUACAUUGUCUGUUUUGGUUGAACUUAAGAAUCCUUGAUCUUAGUUGGUUUUCCCCUAUUUUAACGAAGAAAGUUUUGAAGGCGCAAACAAAUGCAAGGUAUUCAUUCUUGAAGUGAUGUCUCAGUACUAGUGCAUUUGUAUAUUUUAGAUAAUUCAUGAUGAGAAACAGUAAAUAGAAACUUUUCUCUGAACCCCUGGAAAGAAUGCACCUUAGCAAUCCUCUUUAUUACUAAGCUAAAAAUCCAAAUGGAAAUGCCUUAAAGAGGUUGAAGGAAGUUAUGGAUGGGUGGAUCUUGGUCUGUAAGUUGUAUGCUUCUCUCAGUUACACCAGAGCUUUGCUAGAUGAGGCUGAAGAAAUGAGUUCUGUGCCUUUAUUUUGGUUUGUAUGGUAAGUGUGGAGCUAAGGAUAAUUUUAUUUUAUUUUUGUUUUUGCCCAGUUAUUUGAGGAUAUGUAUAGAGGGGUUAGAAGUCUUAAGAAUAAAAAUCCUUGGUAAAUACAGGAAUUGUAAGUCUACUAAUGGGCAAAGAUCCCAAACUCAGGUUAUGAUUUUGCUUGAGAUAUGCAGCAGUCUCUCCUCUGAAUUCAGAAAAGCACACAGUGAAGAAGAAUAGCUGCUUUCUAGCCUUCUGCCAAAAGGAGCUACAGGAACCUCAGAGUGAUGGGCACUUAUAUUAUCUUCCAGAGAUCUGAAGAAAGAAAAGAUAUUAAUACUAAAAGACAAAUAUCUGAAAGGCAGAAGGAAUAACAGACGUUACCCCGAGGGUUACACUCUUUUAAGGAUUGUUUGUCUGUAGGUAUUUUUGUGUGUGAUCCUGUAUUCCUGUACAUCUUUGUAUUUUCAAACUUCCCCUUUUUAUUUCAUUCUACCUGCCAUGGAAAUAACCUUAAUAAAUUGUUACAGUUGACGGGCCCUGGACCCGAUUUGAUAAUAGCCUUUUCCUUGCUUAUAAUUGGCUGCUAAGCAUUUAGAAUGCUUUCUAACCCACCUGUGUAUCUUUUUCCCCCUCCCUCUGUCAGAUCUUAAACGUUUUCUUGUGGUUUUCCUGGUGUGCAUCUUAU